GGCGUUGCUAGGCUGUGCAGCGGCGGCGGCAGCCUCGCACCCAACAUCGGCAGAUGUUGCGCGCGCGCCUGGCCAGUUUUUAAGUUUUGACGCAACUUUUAUAGAAGGCGUUUUGCUGUUGUCCGUCGCUGCUGCCGCUGCUGCUCAUUUUCACCGUCGUCGUUAUUAAAGUCCGCGCGCACCCACCGUCUCCACGUCAUAUCACUUCGUCGGCGUCUUUCUAAAACUGAGUGAAGAUCAUGAAGCCGGCGGGUCAGCUUGGGUAUCCCAUGGCCAAAGAGCCUUCUCGGUUGCUCAAGCUUCAAAAAGAGUUCCAGGAGAGACUGCUAAGGGAAAAGGAGGCCACUCUUACAGCCAUGCAAGGGGCACAGUACCAGACUGCGUUCUUCAGCGACAAUCAAAGAUACGUAAAAAUGCAACGCAUACCUUCUGGGUGGAAAUAUCCUCACACGUUUCCCAGAAUGCCAUCAAACACACGACCACCACUGCAGUUUUUACCACAGCCUCCUCCACAGCCUCCACCUUCUCAUCUGCGACAGACACAGUUUGGCAUGCAGAAACGAAGUGCUGGCAUUGACAGAGCCAAGCCUCUGCCGCAAAUAAAAAAGAAAAGCUCGAGCUUACACAAUAUAUUUCAAACACCACAACCGGCAUUCCCCCACUACAAGGCUGGGGAUACAUUAAAGGUGACCGACCGAUAUCCAAAUGGACCGUUAAAAUUGCCACCGGUUGAUGUGGACAAGUCUAAGCAACCAUCCAACUGGACAACUCAAAGCCAAUGUCAAAACGAUGUUGCUCACAUUUCAAAUGUUGGUAAAGCAAAAUACAUAGAGACGACACCCAGCGUAGAUGUGAAUUCAGGCGCCACAAAUACCUUUGACAACCUACCUCUACUGCCACAGUCUGACCAACAGCAGGUAAUUGAAUCUCACCAAGCACAUGCUCCUUUAGAAAGGACCAAUCUAACUACUCCUCACUGGAUGGUUCAGAAACCGAAAGAUGAUGAAGAAAGCAUUGAAGAAGAAAUUCAAAGAAAGGAACGCGAGAUCUUAGCAAAACUCAAUAAAUUUCAGGAAGAGUUGCAGAUCAUUCAGAGAGAAAGACAAAUGGCAGAAGAAGAAGAAAGGCAUUUAGAGCCUGCAAUCCAGGGCAUUACAGAACCGCAUUUCAUGGACAGGCACAAGGUCAUCCCUGCCAUAACAAGGACUGGCGAUUCAAAAAAACUACCAUCACUACACGGGAAUCAACAUGACAAUAAAAAUCAACCAGGGAUGGAAGAGGAACAAUUUGAAAAUAAAACUUCCAAAGAAGCCCAUCAUGAGGAGGAAUCUAAUACACCACAUUCAGUAGUAACUUCUAAUAAGUCAAAAAACAUGACCAACCACAAAAGCGGUAAUGUUGAAGAUGAUGUCAUUUCUAUUAUUGAUGAAACACAGGACUAUGAAUAUCAACAGAAUUUCACAGAUGAGACAGACUACCUGGCCGACCCAGAAAUCCUCGAUCUCGCCAAGUGCCACACUUGCGGACGGACAUUUGCGAAGGAAAGGCUUGAAAAGCACGCAAAUAUCUGCACCAAGACCACUCAGAAAAAGAGAAAAGUGAUUGACUUUUCAAAGAUUCGAGUUCAAGGAACCGACAUGGAAAAAUUCUGCAAAAAUAAAAGUAAAACCCCCGAACAGGCCAAAAAACCCAACUGGAAAGCCAAGUCUGAAGCUUUACAGAGGACGCUCCGAGAGGCAAGAAUAGCGCAGCACGGUGGCAAGCUGAGUGAUCUGCCACCUCCAGCACCCGCAGAGAACCCCGACUAUGUGUCCUGCCCACAUUGCCAGCGCCGCUUCGCGCCAGACGUGGCCGAGAGGCACGUGCCCAAGUGUCAGAACCUGCGAAGCCGGCCAGCACCUCCAAAAAGAAAAUAAUGAAAGCAGUAUCAAACGUUGUACAACAACCAGAACAAAAAACUACCUAAAUAAACAAUGCUCAAAAACUGAUUUGGUUUACGUUAUAAUAGAGCUCAACCUUUAAAAAAAAUAGGAAUCAAUAAUGGCUACAUAUGUGAACAUACAAAGGUAGACCAACUCAAUUAUAUCCACAUAGCAUAAAGGCUAAGCCUAAGACAAACGUGAAUAAAAGGGGCAAUCAUCUUCAACUUCUUUAGGCCCUGGCAACUCCCUCCCAGGCUGACUUUCAACAGCCCACUGGGUCGUCGCGUAUGACCUGCCAGGCAGCAGGGAAACAUUUAUAACAGUAGCCAUUUUUGCAAGGCAAACCAACAGCAUGACAGCAUAUCCGUCAACUAAAUUAUAAGAGCCGUUCAGAAGACUGAAUCAAGAAGUUAUAGAAAGCGGACCGUCCCCCCCCCCAGAUAUGGGGGUAAAAAGUUGAUCCAACAAGGUUUCCAAAAAUUGUCGACCCCCUAAAAUUAUUGUGUAGGCAUAGGGUGUGUAGGUAUAUAUGCCUACAACACGCUACAUACAAUAGUAUCUGCACACAUGGGGGGAGAGAAGAGGACAUCUGUGGGGGCAAGGCACGAAGCACUGAGAAGCCCUCCGCAGGAGCUAGAAUAAGGCCGCUGAAAUUGUAGUCAUUAAAAACUUCAUGAAACCGUUUAAUAAUUAUGCCGAUGGUUUAGAUGUAUAUUUGUUGACAAAAAAACUGAAUUCAAGAACGAUCAACUUACACCAACCAACAUAAUGAAAACUUUCCUGCGAUUGCAGUAUGUGAAAUAUCAAUUCGACCACAAAUGUUGGGGUUCUACAUAACCGCAACGUGAAUUAACAUUAGUAAUUUGUGUAGACGACGAGGAAAACAUUUUAAAUUAGAGCCUUAAAUCAUACCUACAUAAUGCAGAUAUGCAUUAAGUGACUAAGCAAUAAAUGCAGUUUUUAAUUGCAUUUUUUAUGGGAGCAUGUUCUUUAUCCUAAUGCGUCGUUAAUAUUUUAUUACCGUUUGAGAACUUGAGUAUUUCUCCUGCUCAGGUCAGUUUCAUAAGUAUAAUAUAUAUAUCUCAGUGCCUCCAUCCAAUUUUCAAUAAGGUAAUUGAUUUAUUUUAUUUAUUAAAUGUGUUCAAAUGGGACAUUUGAAGUCAGGAUCAGCAUAAGAUUGUAUACUAAAAUAAGAAGCCAUUUAACUAUUAAAACACCCAUUUUUAAAUUAACUGUACCGUAUACUUUUUUAUGGAUUUUAAUUCUGUGAAAAACUGCUUAAUUUAUCAAAUGAAAAUCUUCAAACAGCUUUAAUAUGACUAAAACGUAAUAACUCACGUAAAUAUAUUAAAAAUUAUUGUAAAAAUGUAAUUAUAAAUGCAGGGUGUAACAUGGAUUGAUUGUGGUGCAGAGUUCAUGUUGUAUGGGAUACAUUGAAGAAUGGUUUAAUGAUACAUUUCACUACGCUUUUUGAAAUUUUAUCUGUAGACUUUAAUGUUAAGAUGCACAUGUGAAUUGCAUUCAAUUGAAGUACAGAAUGCUGUAUAUUUUUUAAAUGUACACUGCAUUUUCAAUGCUUGAAUGAUCAGAAAUGUAUGCACUUUCAAGUUGGGGUUUGUAUUAACAAAGGGUAAAUAUGUAUGCGCUGUAAGUUAUUUAAUUGCCCAUAUAUUUCAGAACAUAAAGGAAAAACUGGAUAAUGCAUUUCCCUCUGAUAAUAUGUACUGUCUGCACGCCUAAACUUAUAGAUAUUAAACUAUCACAAGGAUUCUGCUCCACCAUA